AUGGCAGCGGCUGCCGGCGUAGGGGUCGCACGGCGGCGUGUGGCGUGCGCCGUGUCCGGGGGCGUGGACAGCGCCGUGGCCGCGCUCCUGCUGCGCCGCAGAGGCUACGAGGUCACGGGCGUGUUUAUGAGAAACUGGGACUCGCUGGACGAGCGCGGCGCGUGCUCCGCGGACAGAGACUGCGAGGACGCGGCCCGCGUGUGCCGCCUGCUGGACAUCCCCUUCCGCCAGGUGUCCUUCGUCAAAGAGUACUGGCACGACGUGUUCACGGACUUCCUGAACGAGUAUGAGAAAGGGCGGACCCCGAACCCCGACAUUCUGUGCAACAAACACGUCAAGUUCAAGGCUUUCUUCCGCUAUGCCGUGGACCACCUGGGAGCCGACGCGAUGGCCACGGGACACUACGCCAGGACGUCCCUGGAGGACGAGGAAGUCUUUGAGCAGAAGUACAUCCCCAGGCCGCAGGGGCUCUUCAGGAACCGCUUCGAAGUGAGAAACGCCGUCAGGCUCCUCCAGGCAGCAGACACCGUCAAAGACCAGACCUUCUUCCUCAGCCAGGUCCCCCAGGAGGCCCUGCGCAGAACCAUCUUCCCUCUGGGGGGGCUCACCAAGGGCUUUGUGAAAAAAAUCGCUGCCCAGAACGGCCUUCAGCACGUGCUGCAGAGGAAAGAGAGCAUGGGCAUCUGCUUCAUCGGGAAACGACACCUGGAAAGUUUCCUGCUGCAGUAUUUACGGCCUCGUCCGGGGAACUUUGUUUCAGUAGAAGAUCACAAGGUUUUGGGAACGCACCAAGGCUGCUUCCUGUUCACCCUCGGCCAAGGCGCUAAGAUCGGGGGCCUGAGAGAUCCCUGGUAUGUGGUGGAGAAGGACCUGAACAGCGGGGACGUGUUUGUGGCCCCUGGCCCCGACCACCCUGCCCUCUACCGGGACCUGCUGCGCACGGGCCGUGUGCACUGGAUCACUGAAGAGCCCCCGGCCCGGCUGGUCCACGACAAGAUGAUGGAGUGUCGCGUCCGCUGGCGGCACCAGAUGGCGCUAGCGCCCUGCGUGCUGACGCUCAAUCAGGAUGGCAGUGUGUGGGUGACCGCCGUGAAGCCGAUGAAGGCCCUCGCCACGGGCCAGUUUGCUGUGUUCUACAAGGGUGACGAGUGUCUGGGCAGUGGAAAGAUCAUGAGGCUGGGGCCUUCGGCCUACACGCUGCAGCUGGGAAGGAGGCAGGCUGCAGUGACCAGUGAGGCCUUGGACGGCAGCCAGGGCCCCACCACGGGCCCCAGUAGCUGAGCCUCUGGCGGGGGUCCAGCAAGGAAGGUCCAGGGUGGACGUCAGGCCUGCCCCCAGGCCCCCGUGUGGUCCUCCUCAGGCCUCCCCAGCGGGGCGCCCCAUUAUCAGAUCCAGGGACAAGACCGGAGAGGGGCCGGGAGGCUCACCCCCUGCGGCAGAGCACGGCCAUGGAGAUUGCUGCUGUCUGUGCCGGGGCAGCUGGACCCCCACCCGCCUGGCUUUCCUGGUAAAUGGAGCUGGGGAAAGGACACGUGGUGGGAGGGACCUCCCUCUGUCGCUGCUGGACUGUGGGGAUAAAUAAAGGCUGUGCCUGGA